AUGGGGUUCGAAAACCCCUUGCUGCCGCAAUUGGUGAGGUCGGCUUUUGUUAAAUUCCACGCAUAUAGGCAGCGCGGAGUUCCUGUUGAACCGGAUAUAUUCAUCUAUCGAGCUUGUGGUACUGACUACCAGGUUAAAGUGAGGGCUCUUGACAGGAAUGGAUUGGCGCUGGUCACUACUAAAUGGAUAAACCUUGGAGAUGGCCUUGACCCUGAGGAUAUCCGGUGGAAGAAGAAUAGCGAGAAAUAG